UCCUGUGAGAAACAGCCAAUUUCUUCCUAUCUGAAUCCAUACUUUCUGCUUUUCGUCCUUGGUCAAACCCUACAUGGAGUCGGAUCAACACCUCUAUUUUCUAUUGGAACCACAUAUAUAGAUGAAAAUGUUUCGCAGAAGGCCUCGCCUGUCUAUCUGGCUGUUCACGCUGUUCUAACUUCUUUUGGUCCUGUUAUUGGAGUAUUCGUCGGCGGAUCUCUGCUAAAUAUUUAUGAUGACUUUGAUAGAGUGGAUCACCCCCCAGUUGCUCGGAAUGAUCCAAGAUGGAUUGGUGCUUGGUGGAUAGGAUUUCUUCUAUCAUCUAUAUCCGCUCUUAUAAUCGCCUUCCCUAUCUUGGCCUUCGCUCGAGAAUUACCAGAGGCGAGACAUCACAGAGCUAAGGACGUCAAUCAAGUUCAUGCUGUAAACGCUGCUGACGUCAACGAAAAAGCUCCAAAAGAUGCGAAAAAACUGCCAGUAGUUGUGUUGAAAAUUUGUCGAAAUCCAACGUUCGUCGUGUGCAUUGUGAUUGGUAUUUUCGAAUCUAUCAUUAUCAAUGGAUUCGCAGCAUUUAUGCCAAAAAUUUUGGAAACAUUGCUUAGUACAACGCCGAUUUUUGCCUCAUAUUUGUCAUGUAAGUUCUUAUCCUUAAGUUUUCAAGAAAUGAAAAAAGUAGCUCUUCUCAAGUGGCAUAGUAAACGGGUAAAUAGAUGGAUGAGUGAAUGAGU